AUGGGAUCUCUUGAAGGACUUCGCAAUGAGUGCAUUGCUACUUGGAACGGUUUAGAAGAGAAUCUCGAACGCUAUCAGCAAGCACGCAAUCGGUAUGCAACUCUAGAGCAUCCACUCAUGCCGGACCUUCUCAAUUCAUUCGAUGAGUAUUAUCGUCAGCUAAGAUUGGAGAGAGAGAAAUGCUCACAGCUUAUAGAUGAAGAGCACGAUCACGAAUUAAUUCAUCACCAUUCAGAAAUGUUGUACUGCACUUACACACAGAUGCGAGUGAUUGCCUCAGCGACAAAUUAUGAAACAUUUUACGCUGACACACGUCGUCGUCAUUAA